AUGUCUUGCAAAGGAGAGCUUGUGUUGGGUUUAGAGGAAGGAUUGUUUCUCUUACCUUCAAACCUCUUCAAUGAAGUCUUUCUUGAUUGCAUCGCUCCAUUCCCACAGAGUUAUAGAGGAGGUAACUACUAUGAUCGGAAGCCAAGGACGAGGUACGCGUUGAAUCACCAUGGUUCCAUAAAGAAGCCAAGUGAUGAGGCCAGUGGAGGGCGAGAUAAGGCACGUGGCACUGGAGUGUUCCUUCCUGCGAGACCGGUGAGUAGCUCAGAGGAGAAGAAGAGACCCAAGAAGAAGCUAUGCCCUAUCAUCUCCUCUCAGUCCAAACAAGUCUUUCUUCCUAAAGAAUGGGCUUAUUAGCUAGUGUAAUUAGCAUUUAUUUUACCUUGUGUAUAUCUUUUUACUGAACUAUUUACAGAGGCUAAAACAAAAAUAAGUUUAAAUGUCC